GUUACGUAUAUCGCGGACCAAUUCAUUUUUAAGAUAGUGUAUGUCUUUGUAUCACGGCUAACAGAGAGUGAGGUGCUCUUUUUCGUUUGCUUACCAUGGCCUCUGCGCUACGGUCUGGUUUCUCUAUUUUGAAAUAUGGGACCGUUUUGUCUUUUGCUGUGGCUCUUAUUGCAUACUGGUGCAGAUCACCCAAAGGACUGGAUGAGCGGCUGGAUACCGUGUUGUCUUCAUUGCUCCGCGCUGAACGUAAAGUAGGAAUGAGUAAUUUUGCAAGACCAAAGGUGGCCAUAGGUUUUGGGGGUUGUGUGGACAUUAUUGUGGAUGGUGUCACGUUACUGAACAAGAUUGGCCUGCCGCCAACCAGCCAGCCCCUCCACCACGACUACAUUGAGAAUGCGGAGCAGUUGGCUCAGAGCUUCGCCUACUUUUUUGCCCCUGGAGCAGCUUCAGAGAGGUUUGUGACGAAUGAAACACUCUUCAGUCAGCUGGUGGAAGCCUCUCGAGAACUGCCCGGUAACCGCUGGUCCGUGGGUGGCAACGCUCCGGUCAUGGCUGGCAGGAUGGCCAUUGAGGGAUGUGAUGUCCUCUUGGGUGGAAGCUUCAGCCCAGAUUUUAAUGACAUCCUCUCACAGCACAUUAGAGUGGCAGGCAACACGGUGGAAGAACCAGACAUCCACCUGAUUCUAGAAUACCCAUCUGGAGCGUCAUGGGGACCUUAUACCUCACGAAGGGCCAAUCGAUACAUUGUCCACAGUGAUGACCAUAACCCAUAUCUGGACUCCAUGGAUGAGUUUGAGAAGCAGCUGAAAGGCUUUGAACCUGACCUACUAGUGGUGGGGGGACUUCAGAUGAUGGACAGUUUCCCUUUUAAGCACGGAGAACGCCAGGCCUUGCUGAACCGCCUGGCGCGACUGCUGACCUCUGCCUCUCCAGAGACGGGGGUGCAUUUUGAGAUGGCCAGUUUUGUGGACGAGGGACUGCUGGGGGAUCUUCUGGAGUUUGUUUUACCUCACGCCGACUCCCUGGGCAUGAACGAGCAGGAGCUGCCCAACCUCCUCAGCCUGUUCCGAGGGAGCAACGUCACCGUCCUGUCCGACCCCAACCCCCGCGUCGCCACCGUGCUGGAUCAGAUGAGGGAGCUCUACCGCCUGGUCAACGAGCGGCAUCAGGAGACCGGGGCCGGCCGUCGGCUCACCCGUCUGCACGUCCACACCCUGGCCUUCCAGGCCAUGAUCGUCACCAAGGGCUCCCAGUGGAAAAACACCAUGUCGGCCGUCGCCAAGGCCUCUCUCACCGCCAACAGGCACGUGUGCGGCUCGGCCGACAUCGACCCCAGCAAAGCCCGCCUCAUCAUGGACGAAUCGUUCUCGGUGAGCAGACGCGAGGGAAGCCAGAGGAUCCCGCUGCAGGAGUCCCGACCCGUGUCCUGUUGGGAGGAGGAAGACUACGAGAUCUGUGUGGCGCCUGUGUUAGUGUGCACUGAGGUGUACCAGACAGCGGGGGGAGGAGACAAUAUCUCCGCUGCUGGUCUGGUUCUGCAGAUCUGAGUGAGAGAAAGAGAACACACAGGGCUGUGCUUCUCAUUACAGCUCAAGAGCAAAGGUGAAACCUAUCAGAUGUCGCUACGCGUGAUACAACACAAUCUGACAGAUAAUGAAUCCCUUACUAUAUGAAAAUU